AUGGCUGACGUGAGAGGGUAUUGCGACCCCUCAUUCACCUCGGUUCGCGAGCUCCUAGAGCAGCGAAUUGCCAGUGGAGUCGAAAUCGGCGCGUCUCUUUGUAUCAAUAUUGAGGGAAAGAAUGUGGUUGACAUAUGGGGUGGCUACGCCGACGAAGCCCAUACACGGCCGUGGGAGAAGGACACUCUAUCACCAGUCUGGUCGUCCUCCAAGGUGGUGACUAACCUGGCCGCCAACCUCCUUGCUGAUCGGGGCUUACUCGAUGUCAACGAGAAAGUUGCCACCUACUGGCCGGAGUUCGCAGCCAAUGGCAAGGAGAAUGUCAAAGUCUCUCAUAUCCUUGGCCAUUCUUCCGGGGUCUCCGCCUGGCAACCUGGAACGACUUAUGAGGAGAUACUCGAUGUAGAGGGAGCAACGGCGAAACUUGCGGAAAUGACUCCGCUGUGGACACCGGGUGAGCUGAACGGUUACCACCUGAUUUCUCAAGGCCACUUGGUCGGUGAGAUUGUGCGACGGGUCAGCGGCAAGUCGUUAAAUCAAUUUAUUGCUGACGAGAUCACUGGUCCCUUGGAUGCCGACUACCGUCUUGGCUUGCCAAAAGAACUGUGGGCCCGCACAGCGGAUAUCGUCCCCUUUACGCCUAGCGCAUUCCCUGAUAUUGACCCGACGAGUAUUGCUGCGAGAACAUAUGCGGGGACGCCUGUUUCUCCCGCGCUUGCUGUGGCACCCAACAGUCCAUCUUUCAGGGCAGCGCAGUUGGGAGGUAUGGGUGGCUUCUCAAAUGCUCGCGCUUUGGCUCGCAUCGGCUCGAUGGUCUCUCUGAAUGGUACUGUCGAUGGAAAGCAAUAUCUAUCUCCCCGUACCAUUGAGAACAUGCUCCAGGAGCAAGUUGCUGGGCUCGAUGCAGUCUUGUUCCAAUAUCUACGCUUUGGUCUCGGAGUGGGUUUGCCUUCACCACAGAGUUUGCCCUGGAUUCCAGAGGGUCGUAUCUGCUUUUGGGGUGGUUGGGGUGGCUCGUUGCUUCUUAUGGAUCUGGAUCGCCGAAUGACUAUUGGGUACGUCAUGAACAAGAUGCAUGAAUCUAUCUUGGGCUAUGAAAGGACCACCCACGACUAUGUCAAAGAGAUAUAUAAGGCUCUUGGUUAA